GCGAUUGGUUGGAUGCAAGAGCCGCAUUGCGCGAGGCACACUUGAGGGCGCGGAAAGCCGGCGGCAAGGCGUCGUGAGGGGAAAGGGGCGGAGCUUCACAGUGCCGGGGCUGCGAGACAAGGUUGACCAUGGUCACGUUUGGGUUGACCGUUGUCCGGCAUGGAGAAACAAGAUACAAUAAAGAGAAGAUACUGCAAGGACAAGGCAUAGAUGAACCUCUCUCUCAGAUGGGCUUCCAACAAGCCAAUGCUGCUGGUGUGUUUCUCAGCAAUGUCAAAUUUACUCACGUGUACUCAAGUGACCUACUUCGAGCAAAGCAGACAGCAGACUCAAUUCUCAGAAAGAGUCAGUUUUGCAAAGAGAGUGCUGUAAAAUAUGACGCAAGACUCCGGGAGCGGAAGUAUGGAGUGGCAGAAGGGAGGCCGCUGAGUGACCUCAGGACCAUGGCAAAGGCUGCUGGGGAACAGUGCCCAUCCUUUACACCUCCUGGAGGAGAAACCCUAGAAGAAGUAAAGGCACGCAGUGAGGACUUUUUUGCAGAUGUUUGUAGUCUUAUUGUCAGGGAAGCGUGUCAGGAAAAAGCUACCGAAAGGAGAGCCGGAGAUGACUCAGAAAGAAGUUCUAGUACCUUCCUGACAAACCAUGACGGGAACCCAGAAUUUCAUCCCAGUUCCAGGGGAGCUACUGAAGACCUGGUUGCCAAUGUACUGGUUGUGAGUCACGGGGCCUACAUGAGGAGCUGGCUGGGUUAUUUUGUUUCAGACCUAGAAUGUGUUUUGCCAGCUUCUUUGACAAAGACUGAGCUGUCUUCUGUAAGUCCUAAUACUGGAAUUAGUCAGUUCAUUGUAAAACUUGAGAGCAGAGAUAAUGUUAAGCCUAAAAUCCAGUGCAUUUGUCUGAAUAGAGAUGAUCAUUUACGUGAUACGGCAGCUAAAAAUAUUUAGCUCUGGACAGUUAAAAAAUGCAGCAUGUAUUUAUGCAACGAGUACAAGCAUAUUUUCUUUUACAUUAUUUGAAUUGUAUGGGUUGUAUGAAAAGGGGGAAAACAAAAUAAAUUCAUAUUCUGUUGCAACAGUUAGCUUUUUAGCAACUGAUUUUAGGUGGUCUAUACAAUAUUUGCAAAAGUAUUUGCUCAUCAUUUACUCCCAUGCAUGAUUGAAAUUGCCUGGGCUUUUAAAUCAAUACCGCAGUAUUAAGCACAGAUCAUAUAUGUGGUGCCCAUGUGUGUUGUAAGUUUCUGUGUCUUAGCACUUUAUUAAAUAAAUGUAAAAGUCAGCCUUUCAGUGAGGAAAGGUGAGUCAGCCAUCUCAGGCAGUGGGUUUGGAGCAUCUUUUAAAGUCAGCUGGGGAAGGCAGAUCUGGCCCACUGAGCGCAUGCCACUGGGAUGUUCAUUUGGAUGGGGCUUGCACAGGAGAAUUUAGGGGCGGGAGGUGGAAUUUGGAGUGCCAGAUUGUCUUAGUCCCAUAUUAUUUUUUGAUUUCUGUGUGGUAGUUAUAUGGAUACAUUCGUAUUCUCUGCAGCCUAGUUGCCCUCUUCUGAAUCCGGCUUUUGGUCUUUAUAUGCAACAGAGAGAGCAUGAACAAGCAGGAGACUGAGCCACCUUUCUCAUUUAGCCCUCCUCCUUUCUUAUAUCAUGGGAACUUUUUAAAAAAUAGCUGAAGAAGGAUAUCUGCAAAUCCCAGUAUCUUGUCUGUUGUGACUCAGUUUCUGACCCUUGAGCUACUCCUGAGUGUGCAGAGUGUCCUCGCAGGACCCUGGAACUGGACAGCUCAGUGGUAUGGCCUAGUCCAGUACCUGUAAGAACCAAGGUGGCAUGUCGUUUGCUGAGGUUAGCAUCAGAUCAAGUGUGUAGAAGUUGGCUUUUCAUGGUAUCUUCAAAGUACGUAGAAGCCCUGAGUCGAAAUAAGCCCUCUCCAUCUGUUCGCUGCCUUAACUGCAACCCAGUUGCAAAAGGAGGUGUUUGGAAGUAUUGGCAAUAGUGAAAAUGGAAUUUACAGGCAGUAAGUUGUCUGUGUUGUGAAUAAGUGGAGACAGGUGAGCCCACUGUUUUCAGAAUGGCAUUUCUGUAAAAUUGGUCUCUUGCCAGAGCUAUACACUGCCCAUUCAGUUUUAUUUCUGAAACACUCCAUAUCAUAUACAUUUAAAUACUCUUAAAAUACAUCCUUGCCUGUCUGUACACUAGUAUCAUCCCCCCCUCUGUUGACCUUAAAAGCAGUUUUUAAAAAGGACAAUGAAACGUAAUAGCAAUGUCAAAAAAACAAAACGCAGAACCAUUGGAAAGCUGCAGUCAGUAGGAACUUAGUGAAACCUUUGGGAAUAAGAGCUUCAAAUCUGAUUCUGUGGUCACAGGAUACUGUAGAUUCUGCCCUUAGCCCCAGUUCAGAAAAUCUUCUAGACCUUCUCAUAUCACAAGAGUAAUCCAUGUUCUCUCCACUUCUGUAUGGAGCUUUGUAUUCUAUACUGGUGCUCAAUCAUGUAUAAGCUCCACAUUCGUCAUUUCUUCUCAGAGGCAGAGUGAAAGGUUAAAAUGGCCCCAGAGCAAGCCAAACUGAACAGCCUUAGUUUCUCCAUAUGCUGGUGUUGCUGCUUAGUUCAGACUAGACCCUUGGCAUUGACAACAGGCCUUCACUCAUCCAUUGUUUCCUUUCCUCCUGCAGAUUGUGGAAGGCAACUGGUGAGCUAAUACUUGCUGAUUAAGGGUCAAAGUGAAGGGCUGGCCACUGAUGCACCAGCAGAGUCGAUUAAACUUGGCUUGCUUUGGCCACCGGUAACCCUUUAGGGCAGCAGCCCUCCGGGAAAUUUCCCCUGUCAGUUAAAUGACCAUUUGGCUCCUGCUAAUUCCUUUUUUUGAGGUCAGGGAAAUGGGGCAAACCGGGUCUCUGUGCAAUCAUCUAUCAGCAUGGGUCACUCUUCUAACAUGUUACAUCAUCUGCAGGGCAGGGCCAAGUGGCGCAUCAAGUAAAAGCCUAGAAGGGCUGUGAGAAAAUCUUGCAGGAUAUCGCUGGAUUAACUAAAACUUUUGCUCCAUACCUCAGUUUUCACAGACAAUAGUGAAGGUAUUGAUGUGUAUACUUAACUACCUCUUGGCAGUGCAGAGAGGAUGAAACUUCAUGAAGCACUUUGAUGCUCUGACGAGCAUGAUUAUUUGUCCUCCAUAUGCAUAGUGUAAGAUUUGCAUGUAGCCAAAAAUACAUUUGUCCUUCAAAAACCUGCUGGGGUGGACAUUCCCUCUUAUUUCUGUAGCAUCCUUGGGACUCCCUUUAUAUAUUCUUGCAAAAUCUGUGAGUUUUUGUUUCUUGAAUGUAUGUUGUGAUUUCCCUUCUCCUCUCACCUUUGUGUUUCUCUGUCUUCAGAUUGACGCCAUCUGCAGAUAUGUAAAUGCAGAGCUACUAGUGUCUGCCAAUUGUUUUCAUUUGUUGAGAUGGGUAUUUUUUUUAAAUAAAGACAUUCUACUCCA